AUGGCCUCGAUCGAAGCGUUACCCGUGGAAACCAUCUACCACAUUUUCGAUAUGUGCGCAGAAGAAACCAUCAUCGACACCGAGUUGUCGACGAAAGCGCAAUUGGCAUGGGCUCAGACAAGUCGCCGUUUCUACGCCACUAUUUAUCCUCUUAUUCGGCCAACCAUGUUGAAGUUGGUGUCGAUCCUCAUAUUCCCUCGACAAGACUAUGUCUUGACUGCUACGAACCCGGAGCAUUCUAUGCCCUUCACAUGGCAAUUUCUCACAGCAAGAUCAAAGGAGCUGCACAGUUGCUCAUUGAGAAGUUGGGAGCGACCUGGACCGGCCGGCGCGUCACUAAGCUACGCUGUACAAAACCCCGAGUUUGGUCUUGAAGAGCGUAUGCUUGUAAGACACGAUCUGGAUGCCUCUGCCCGUGGCUCAUAUGGAUGUACGCCUCUAUUCGACGCUGUAUCUUGUGGGCGCCUGAGAACUGUCAAGUCGUUGCUGCAGCGUCCGGAGGCUGACGCAAGUAUAGCCGGAAGGAACGGUCACACUCCGUUGCAUGAGGCUGUUGAGAUAAGUAACUUGCCGAUUGUCGAGGUGCUUCUUCAGCGACCAGAGGUGGAUGUUACCACAACAGACGUUGAUAAAUGUACCCCUUUGCAUCGCGCCGCCUUUCAUGCUGCAGUGGAUAUUACGAAGCUUUUGCUCGAACAGCCUGCAGUCGAUGUGGCAUCAUCAGACAGUGAAGGAAUGACACCGCUCCACCAGGCUAUCAGUGGUCGCGCGCAUAUUUUAUGGCACUGUAAAGGGGGAGAUACAGAAGCCACAAUAUCUGACCUUGUAGACGAAGCCCUGGAAAACAUCAAGAUUCUACUAGCCCAUCCAGAGAUGAAUGCCGACUUACACGACAAGAAGGGCCUUACGCCUUUGCAUCAGGCUUGUUUGAUAGGUGAUUGGGAGGUGGCUGAACUCUUGCUUCAGCGGGGCGAUGUUGAUCCCAAUGCACGAGCCUUGAAUGGACAAAAGCCUCUUCACGUCGCAGUAUCUUGCACUAGUUCUCGUGCCUUGAAGUUGGUCGGCAGACUUCUUGAGCAACUAGGCGUUGAGAUAACCGACUGCGACUUCGAUGGUCGCACGAUCUUGCAUUACAUAGGCGGAAGUCUUCCAAAAGACUGGGAAACUACCCCUAUCGUUGAAACUGCUCUCAGAGAGGGCGUCCCUAUUGACCAAAUAUCUACAAAUGGCUUGAAAGCUUUACACCAAGCCAUCAACGCCGGCAACUACCCAUUCGCUAAUUUACUACUCUCGUUGGGUGCAGAUCCUAUGGUCUCAAAACGGUUCAAGUAUAACAACAGCUUGCUGCAUCUUUGCUUUAAAUAUCACCCGUUUUAUGAGCAACAUAGAGAUGAGGUGAUAGAGAAGCUCAUCGCAGAAGGGAUCGAAAUCAACACUUACACCGACCCACCUCUCAGAGAUUUUGAUGCUGAUUGGGAUAAACCUGAAAUCGAUGAAGGAAUGAGGCAUGAAAGCGUUGAAGGCCUACAAUCAAUGAUUAUUGCCAACGGCAUGGACUGCACCCCACUUAUGUUGACAGUAACAGAGAGUAUGAAAAUUGAAAGCAUGAAAAUGCUACUCAACGCAGGAGCAGACCCAAACGCACAUGUCACAAUCGGGCAACGGAAGCAUGGCAAGAUCAGGUACCAUCGAGUAGCGUUUCUAUCAGGAGUGCUCUAUCAGGCUUGGAAAGAUGGGCCGAGCGGUUAUUCCAUCGACCCAAUCCAUGAAUAUCUCAAGUUGUUAUUGGAACAUGGGUCGCGGAUAGAUUUUGACGGGCCAGGGGACAGUUCGCUGCAGGAGGCCUGUAAAGCAUCCGAAGAUCGUUAUGAAGCGUUUUUGGAGACCUUGCUGGACCACUCAACAGCCAGGAAUGUGAGCCAGGAACACGUCAGAGAAUUGAUUUGCGAGUAUGAGAAGAAGCCGGAGCAUGAGAAAGUUCUCGCUGAGCUCAGAGCGUUUGAGGAUAGAAUAUUCAGUAACUAG